AUGAUUAUUGAUGAAUGUUCAUUAAGAUUUGAUGGAACAUUUGCUCUUACUAAAGCAAAUCAUUCUAUUGAAUUUUGUCAAUAUGAAGAAGAUGAUCAAGUUCGACUAUAUAAUCAUUUUCUUAGAAAGCAUAAAUUACAAGAAGUUUAUGUUCGACGUUUAAUAGAAGCUGUUACUAAUAAUCAAGAUCCUCGAACAGCGAAAUUAUUUAAUGAAUAUGAAAUUGUUCUAGAUCAUUUUUAUCAUGUACCAUGUCCUUUUAGUAAUGGACGACUUGAUUUAUCAGAAUAUAAUCAAACCUAUUUAAAAAAUAUACCAUGUUCACUUCAUAGACUUCGAUUUGAUGAAUUAAAAUUUCAUUUACGACGUCAUCAUAAUGUUUGUAAUGGAUAUACACAAAAAUUAAUUGAUGUUUUCAAACAAAUUCGAGCAAAACACAAUACUCUUUUGAUUCCACAAAGUUCAUCGAUGAUAUUAGAAGAAUAG